AGUCGACCUUUGUGAAAUCAACAACCAGAAACAUGCUGAGUUUGCUGCGUCCAGCAUUAGCCCGCACGGUGGCCUCGCGCAUGGCUUCGACCUCUGCUCCGGCUGCUGCAGCUGCCGCGGCAGUCGCCGUCACGCCCGCCUUGCCCCAGAUGCGCGGCGCCGUCGAGCCCGCAGCCGCCGUCUCGAAGAAGAUUGGCGAGUGGAAGCCGACCGUCUACUCGCCACCGCAGACCUUCUAUCCGCCGCUGGCCGACACGGAGGCCGCCCCGUACGUGCCCGAGCGUCACGUCUCAAACUACACGAUGAACUUUGGCCCCCAGCACCCGGCCGCCCACGGUGUGCUGCGUCUCGUUCUCGAGCUCGACGGUGAGGUCGUGCACCGCGCCGACCCCCACAUUGGCCUGCUGCACCGUGGCACGGAAAAGCUCAUCGAGUACAAGACCUACACCCAGGCGCUUCCGUACUUUGACCGUCUCGACUACGUCUCGAUGAUGGCCAACGAGCAAGCCUACUCGCUUGCCGUCGAGAAGCUCCUCAACAUCCAAGCACCCCCGCGCGCGCAGUACAUUCGCGUGCUCUUUGGCGAGAUUACUCGUCUGCUCAACCACAUCAUGGCCGUCACCACCCACGCCAUGGAUGUCGGCGCGCUGACGCCCUUCCUCUGGAUGUUCGAGGAGCGCGAAAAGAUGAUGGAGUUUUACGAGCGUGCUUCUGGCGCCCGCCUCCACGCCGCAUACGUCCGACCGGGCGGUGUCGCCCUCGACCUUCCUCUCGGCCUGAUGGAGGACAUUUACAACUUUAUCAAGCCAUUCUCGUCUCGCAUUGACGAAAUGGAGGACAUGCUUACCGAGAAUCGCAUCUGGAAGCAACGUCUUGUGGAUAUCGGCAUUGUCACUGCUCGCCAGGCCCUCGACUGGGGCUUUUCGGGUGUCAUGCUCCGUGGCUCUGGCAUUGCCUGGGAUUUGCGCAAGGUCCAGCCGUACGAUGGCUACGAGAAGUUUAAAUUCGACGUCCCUGUCGGCAAGCGUGGUGACAGCUACGACCGAUAUCUCUGCCGUGUCGAAGAAAUGCGCCAGAGCAUCCGCAUCAUUAUGCAGGCCCUGAACGACAUGCCAACUGGCGAGGUUCGCAUUGACGACAACAAGAUUACACCUCCGCGCCGUGCCGAGAUGAAGGAGUCCAUGGAGGCGCUCAUCCACCAUUUCAAGCUCUUCACUGAGGGCUAUGUCGUCCCUGCUGGCGCGACCUACACUGCUGUUGAGGCCCCGAAGGGCGAAUUUGGCGUCUACCUCGUUUCGGAUGGCUCGAGCCGUCCCUACCGAUGCAAGAUCCGUGCUCCAGGCUUUGCCCAUCUCGCAGGCCUCGACUUUAUGUCGCGCGGUCACAUGAUUGCUGACGUUGUCGCAUUGAUUGGCACCCAAGACAUUGUGUUCGGCGAGGUCGAUCGUUAAUUUUUGUUGUCAAUCCUUUUUUUCUCUUUGUCACGACUUGUUUUUUACAUUUUGUUGUUUCUACCAAUAUAAGUGUUGGCCAUAUCUUCCCA